ACGGCUUGAUGGACUUCCUGCAGGGUCGCACUGCCGCUGGGGACAGCCUGCGCAGCCCGUUCGAGGGCUGUUUCCUCCAAGCAUGCGGUCUGAAAAACUUCUUUCAGUACGGCUUGUGGACGAUGAGAAAAAAGAAGGAUCCAUUGAAAUGCAUCCACCACUUUCUCUUCGAGCACGCAACCACACAAGCCUAUUUCCGCGUUCCGGGAGCUGGCCGGCUACUCAUCAUCAGACAAAGUGAACACGUCCAAGAAGUUGUCACUAAUUGCGAUGACUUCUGGCGAUGCAACCCUCUGGUCGUUUUCAGGUCUUGGUAUACAUGGUGGAUAGGAUUGGACAAGUUUGUCGAUGACCACAUUGCCGAGUCAAUCUUUGUCCAACUGGACGGCGAGAAACAUGACAAACUCCGAGCAAUCUUUCUGGACUUUGGCAGGAUGAUUGCAGAUCCGGAGACACAGGAUGCCUUGGCCAAGAAUGCAUUGACGAUCCUUCAGGGACGAGUCCGAGGCAAGCAUGGCUUGUUUGACAUUUUGCAGGAGGUGGCUACGAGAAUUCUGCUGGAGGUUUUGGUUGGAUCCUCUUUGCCAGCAGGAUGGACAGAUCGGCGAUUUCUGGAUCUCAUCAAUCGAAUCAUGGAGGCCGUCUUCAAUAUUCAGUGUCCUUUUCGAAGGGAUCAGAAGGAUCUUCGAUAUAUCUUUGAGCACUUCUGGACCAACUCCGCCGAGAACAGCUUGACUCAGCACCUUCGUCGGUGUGGGUGCUCGCAGGAGCAAACCAAGCACAAUCUCCUUGCAUUGAUGUUGUUGGGAAUGCAGUCGUUGGCCAAUGGCCCAUAUUGGCAGAUUCUUCGGAUCUACACGGAGCAUGGCCUUCUAGAGCAAGUGCGGGAGAAUCCGCAGCGAGUCUGGGCAGUGAUCGUUGAGGAGCUGCACAAUCAUCCGCCUUCUGCACCCAUUUUGAUGCCUUACAGGGCAAAGCGGAAUACCACCAUCCAGGGGCAAGCCAUCCUUGAGGGAACUAUUGUAGUGAUCUCCCCGCCAUGGUCACACGCUAUGAUGGGUGGAGCCCCGCAGGAGUCAACUAAUCCAGCCGGUUGCCCAUUUCAACGAAGCUCUUCGCCCAUAAGCAGCUUGAAGACUGCCGUGGGGCGGUGCACCCAUCCAAGGAGCUACGCCUUUGGAGCCAGCACACGUUCUUCCUGCCCUGUGAAAGGCUUCAAUAUGAUAACGAUGUACAGCGUGAUCACGGGCUUUAUCGACUUGUACGACAUGGAAGUUCAUGAUCCUCAAAGCCUUUGCAGUAUGAAACAGGCAGAGCAUAUGAACCUGCAUAUUGUGAACCGCCCUUGUGUGCAGCUGCAAGUCACGCUGCAAGAGCGAAACCAAAAUAAUGUGACCAAGCCCUGCGGGCAGCAGCAGCGAACGCUGCAGCCGCACAAGCAAAGCACAGUGCGGGUUUGGCUUCCUGUUUUGUGUCUUUCCGCUGUUGCACUCCUGAGCUUGAAGUUGAAGCCAAAGUGA